AACGUCUAUGGAAAAGCCAUGCAUGAUCAGCUGACAAUGUGUCUGCUUAUAUGACUUCUCAAAAUUCGAUUAGUUAAGUGCCAAAAGUGAGUUGUACAAUAAUAUUUACAAGUCUCAUUUAUACAUCGCAUUUACAUCAAAUAACUUAAAAACAAAAGUGCACACUUCAACUAUCCAGGUGGCAAAAAUUUUCCAUAGCAUUCAAGCUAACUUAAAAAAGUGAUUAUCAGCUGGUCAAUUUGUGUUACUAAAUAGUAAAUUUUAUUAUACAAGUUUGUACUUUUUAUACAAGAUUGCUGCAAAAUGAAUAGUUCAUCAGAUCCAAGACGCCCUGAACGGGAAGUCAGGUAUAAACCUGCUGCAGCGAGCAGUCAGGCUCAGCCAAGCGACACAUCAACACCAGACUACAUGAAUAUAUUAGGAAUGAUAUUUAGCAUGUGCGGCUUGAUGAUGAGACUAAAGUGGUGCGCAUGGGUUGCAUUAUACUGUUCUUGCAUUAGCUUUGCAAAUUCUAAAGUGAGCGAUGAUACAAAACAAAUUCUCAGCAGUUUUAUGCUCUCCAUAUCAGCGGUUGUUAUGUCAUACUUACAAAAUCCACAGCCUAUGACACCACCAUGGGCAUCUGCGAUUCAAUAAAAAUAUUUAAAAUCUCUAUAAUGUUUGUUGAUUACUAAUUGUUUAAUAUAAUUUUUAUUCGAUUCUCAAAAGUUUUAUCUGGUAUAAUUCAAUGAACUGAAAAUAAAAGAAAUGGAUUUAACAAGGUAAUGGGAACAGAGUUGAUUUCAUCACUUUUAUUUCUUAAAAAGUAUUGUACUUUAUUACAUUAAAUGAACCUUUCUUCUAUAAUUCACUUGCUCCUAAAGAUAUUCUACAGGUAUAACUUACAAUAAAUUCAAUAAAUAUUGUAUAGAGUUAAAUAUUUUAUCUACUUUUUACAUAAAUACAGUGACCUUGGAUUUUCAAUUAUCAGAGAUUGCUAGUAAAAAUCAUGCUUCUCCAUUCAACCUUCCUUACAGGAUCAGCUUUUUUCCAGUGGCUGCAUAUAUUACAUUCCAUAUAUAUUUUACUUACAUGUACGCAUACUCAGUCCCGUUUUUCCAUUUUUCUCAAAAAUCAGUAAAAAAGUAAUUAUUUAAACAUGUGACUAAAGUAAUCUAUUGACAUUAAGUACAAAGUUCGUGUUAAACAAUACGAGAAAAUUAUAUCUAGACAAUUACAAAUAAUAGAUUUAACAAACAGUUA